CUUUGCGAUCCUUCUAUGGGAAAUUUCAUCGCAUAAAAUUCCAUUCGAUGAUAUUAAAAAUGAUAUGCAAGUAAGCGAAAAAAUCAAAGAAAAUAAAAGGCCUUCUCCAUUCGCAGAAGAUACACCGGAGAAGUAUAUAAAAAUUAUUGAGCAGGCAUGGGACCACGAUUUCAAUGACCGCCCAACAAUUCAAGGAAUACGAAAGCAACUUGGAAAUCUGAGGAAUAAGGAAAAUAAAUUAAAACCACUAAAACGAAAUGAUUCUGAAACGUCGUUGUCUUCUAUUUCUUCUAUUGCAUCUAUUGAAGUUUCUGUUGUACCUAAGAAGAAUAGCUUGGGAGACGAGCCAUUGUCAAACCUGUUAGAUAUUGAGGAAGCAAUAUCUCUUCAUAAUAAAGAACGAUACAAGGAGGCUUUUCCUCAUUUACAACAGCUGGCACAAAAUGGUAACCCUAAAGCUGCAUAUUAUGCGGGUCUUUAUCUCUACAAAGGAUAUGGAGUUGAUAAAGAUGAAAUCAAAGCUUUACAAUUACUUGAAAAAUCAGCUGUAG